AUGAUGCCCCACGCAGAAAGUGGUCUCAAACGCGUCAAGUGGAUUCUCGUCGGAGGAACUAGCCUGGCCCUUUUCAGAGCAGUAUGUUCCUUUUAUCAUCCGCAGUCGGUCGGAUUCACUGUCACAGAAUGGAACCGAAAUCUGAGGAGGGUUCUCAAACCCGCCCUCACUGCUGCCAACCUCUUCCCGGUACGUUGACAAUUUUCUUAUUGUUUUCAAUGUCCAUAGUAUAAUUCUCAAUUUAAAUUUUCAGAAUCGUCUUGUCUCGAUGGCUAGUAGACUGAUGCACUGGACUUGCGGAGCCAUGAACAAGCUCUCAACGAGUCUGGAAUACUUCAUCAGCACAGAAAACUGGAUCCACGUGGAAUGUCAGAACUGGAAUGGUACUCCCGUUAAGGUUUACAUGCCAACCAACAGCGAGACAUUCACGGACGGAGCCGUCAUUUUCAUCCACGGAGGAGGAUUUGCACAUGGAAAUGUCGACAUGGACGAUUCAGUGAUAAAGAGGAUGGCCUACGAGAUGAGGACACUCUUCAUUUCAAUCGAUUACAGUUUCUCUCCGGAAACUAUCUCUCCUCAUGGCAUUCUGGAGUGCGAGGCCGUCAUCAAUCACUUCUUCCAGCACGGAAAUGAUCAGUAUGGAAUUGACCCGUCAAAAGUUGUGUUGAUGGGAGAUUCUGUCGGAGCAAACUUUGCCACCGUCAUUGCCCAACGUCGUGCCGCCCGCAACACACUCCCGAAGCUGGCCGGACAAGUGCUGAUCCAUCCGCUUCUUCAAAUGUUCGACGUGCAAUCCGUCGUUUACCGGUUUUUCCACUCGCGCCUCAACGAAAAAGUACUUGUGGAUGCGAAGUCUGUUGCUUAUGAGUACAUGCUGUAUUCUGGGAUUGACAUGGACGAGAAGACGUACUUGGUUCCGAUUGUUACAUCGAACGGACACACGCAGGAAGUAGCCUGACCAAAAAGUGUUCGGUUUCUUAAAUGCCUUCUGUUUUCCAGGUAAUGUCCCACAAUAAAUCGUCCAAUCACUACGAGAGUCACAAAAUCCGCGAGCGAUGGCCUUCAGAUUUAUCAGCGUUGAUCAGAAACGAACUAUCGGGCCUUCCACCGACAAUGCUGAUCACGUGCGAUUCUAAUGUUAUCGACGCAGUAGAAGAGAACUUCGUCCACGCUUUGAAGGUUAGCACCAUUCAUUCAAUAUGUACAUAACUAUUGCUUUUCAGGCUGCCGGAGUGCAAACAACUACUGUCCGCGAAGAUACAAACGUUCACCUGCUCAACAGUGAACUUUUCAAUUUGUCUAACUCGAUAAACGACAUUGAGCUGUGGAUUCUAUAUGUUUUACGCUUAACCCAUGCCUAA